AUGCACUUGGUGAUGAGCAGGUCCGUAUCGGAAUUUCUGCAUGUGACGCUCUCGCGAAAAUGGGUGACAAAGCCCCCAACGUCUGAAGUGAUUAGAGCGCUAAGCAAUGCACUUGGUGAUGAGCAGGUCCGUGUCAGAAUGUCUGCAUGUAGAGCUCUCGAGAAAAUGGGUGACAAAGCAGCAACUUCUGAAGUGAUUAGAGUACUGCUCAAUGCACUUGGUGAUGAGGAUUCCAUUGUCAGAUAUUUUGCAUGUGUAGCUCUCGCGAAAAUGGGUGACAAAGCAAUAACCUCAGAAGUUAUUAGAGCACUACUCAAUGCACUUGGUGAUGAGCAGGUCCGUGUCAGAAUUUCUGCAUGUGUAGCUCUCGGGAAAAUGGGUGACAUAGCAGCAACUUCUGAAGUGAUUAGAGUACUGCUCAAUGCACUUGGUGAUGAGAAUGCCAAUGUCAGACAUUUUGCAUGUGUAGCUCUCGCGAAAAUGGGUGACAAAGCAGCAACCUCUGAAGUGAUUAGAGUACUGCUCAAUGCACUUGUUGAUGAGCAGGUCCGUGUCAGAAGUUCUGCAUGUGACGCUCUCGCGAAAAUGGGUGGUAAAGCAGCAACUUCUGAAGUGAUUAGAGCACUAAGCAAUGCACUUUGUGAUGAGGACGUGGUUGUGCGAGAUUCUGCAUGUAGAGCUCUCGAGAAGAUGGGUGACAAAGCAGCAACUUCUGAAGUGAUUAGAGCACUACUGAAUGCACUUGGGGAUGAGAAGGACCUCGUUAGAUAUUCUGCAUGUGUAGUUCUGCGUAAGAUGGAUAAGAAAGCAUCGAUUAACGAUAUUAUGGUAGGACUGUUGGAUGCACGUUGUAUUGAUAGUUGCUGUGUUAAAAAGAAUAUUGCUGAAGUGGUUGAGGAAUCUGCCAUUUCUGGGUUGGCGGUAGGAUGGGUGCGUUCAGAUGGUGUUUCGAAGAUUUGCUUGAAGAAGCAUUAUUUAAAUUAUAUAAAAAGGCUUUCCGUUGUUGAACUCAUCAGCGGGUUUUUCCACACUGAAAAUGUUGAUUGGCUUCCUGUUAUAACCAUUGCUGCACUUCUGCAGGGUAGUGCAGUGACCGUUACUGGAAAGACUAUUGUAGUAUAUGGUAGUAAGGAUCCAGCGGUGGUGAACGCUUUCAGUUUGAAUGAUAGAAGACUGACUCUGAAAUUGGUUGAAGCUUUUCUUGAUCAAGCAAAAGGGCUUGGUUUAUCUCGAGAACUGUCUAGCUCUUUUGUUAUGUGGAAUGCUGUCGAAAGUUGA